CGACCACCCUGUCAUUCGACCGCCACGACCACCGACACAAGCCCAGAUUAUACCCAACGCCACUAAUAUCUAACGAAAACAGAUUGUUUCCUCCUUCCACCCCCUCAUUCGCCGUCGCCGCCAUGGCGGCCUCCGAGGACUUGGUUGACUUCGAUAUCAUCGAGAACCAGAAAGAAAACAUCCAGUCUUUACCCGGUGGACGGUCCGCCAGGGAGCUGGCCCGGUUAUUCUCACCAAGGGAAUCAGAGGGGAAGCUCGUUUCCCCAUCGCCGAACGACACAAGGACGCUCAACGACGCCAUUCGACAGGAAUAUGAGACCGAGCUGCAGGCCAUUGCAGAGUCGGACGAUCCGCUCGAUAUAUACGAUCGCUAUGUCAAAUGGGCCCUGAACGCGUACCCGUCUUCUCAGGCCACGCCGGAGUCCGGACUGUUACCCUUGCUGGAACGCGCUGUGCGCGAAUUUCUGUCAUCAUCGCAUUAUAAAAACGAUCCUCGCUAUCUACGCCUCUGGCUUCACUACAUUAGACUGUUUUCCGACUCCCCGCGCGAGACGUUUGCUUUCCUAGCACGUCACCACAUUGGAGAAGGCCUCGCCCUUUUUUAUGAGGAAUUUGCUGCGUGGCUGGAGGGUGCAGGCAGGUGGACACAAGCCGACGAAGUGUAUCGGCUGGGCAUUGACCGGGAAGCCCGUCCCGCCGAACGGCUCGUUCGGAAAUAUAGCGAAUUCCAAGAGCGCUACGAGCGGCGCACCCAGGAUAACGGACCGUCGUCGCCCGCCUUGCCCGCUGUUCGUCCGGCGUUGGUCGCCAAGGUGGACCCCUUUGCUUCGGCACCGGCUGAGCCCAGCGACCCGCAGGCCCAGCAACAAUCUUCUCCCGCGGCGUCCGCGCCCAAGACGAAAUCGAAAAAGCCCAAGAUGGCCAUCUUCUCCGAUGCAGACUCCGGAGCAAGCCAACCAGCGGUGUCUAAACCGUCCAAGGGAUGGGAGAGUAUCGGAUCGGUGCAGGACCGAAAGAAGGAAAACACGAUGGAGGCAAAGCCGUGGGUAGGCGAGACCUUGAAGGCCGGGAAGAAACCGGCGCCCACGCAGAAAAUGGCGAUUUUUCGGGACGAGUCAAAUUCCAAUGCAGAAAACAAUGAGCCUAUGCAAUCCAAGCAUGUUCCAGAACAUCGUAUAAGGGAGGCAGUUAACCCACGUACCGGAAGGCGAGAACGCGUUUUCGUGAAUCUAGAUGCGGUAUAUCCGGACAUUGCCAAUCCUUGCAAUGAAGUUAGUUUCGAAGAACUUCGGGCGAUGAACCGUGGGUGGAUGAACAAGAACUGGCGGGCGCAGAAAGAGCCCCUGAGGCAGAUUACCGGGAAUGAGCAGGUUGACCCCAGCCUUGAUAGGGACUUACCGGAACAAUUCCACCACAAGUUGACCGUCAAAGAUGUCGAUCCCCAUGCUGCGGAGCACGAUGCAGUCAUGGAGAAGAAGAGCAAGAAAGCACAGAAACUCAAACUGCGCGAGGUCAAAGGAGAAACACAGACUGUCAAGAUGAAAUUCGAUUCCCCAACGAAGAACAACAAGUCGCGUCGCAAGAGCACCCACGAACCAACGAUGACCAUGCACACUCGGGCCGCCACGGAUGAGAUAUACAGCAUCUUCAACCAGCCACUGAAGGCAGAGGAGAAUGUGGCCGAGAGCAGUGAUUUCGAGGACGACGACUACACCAGCGGCGGCGAAAGCACGAUGACCGGCCACCUUUCCGCCGCAUCGAGCGACUUCGGCGACGAUACCUUUCACAAAUCCUUUGGCGAAAGCGAUGGUGACGGUCUGGACGACACCCGCGCAGAAAGCGUGGUGGAUGGCGAAUGGACUCAGUACUCGACGAACCAAGACACCUGCGAUGUGUCCGCUGUGCAGUCGCCAUCCGGCACUCCCAGGCACUCGUUGGAUGGAGCAGAUGACGCUUGCAGUGUGGAUAGUGACGAAUAUGAUCAAAGGGACCGAUUUGUCCCUCAGAUGCCAGAAGACUAUAACCCCCCAGUUGGCACGUACCGUGACCCUGCCAUUAUGGCCCAGAAUCGCCUGCCUUUCAUGACCCCUAUCGUGGAGCAAACCGAACACUCCUUCGCUUCAAUGACCGCAGCUCGGGCUCAUAUGUACAGCGCGAAGACCCCCUCGAAACAUUCGUCGGCUAAUCUCCUCGCCACCCCUCUCGCUGAAACCCCUCGCCUGGGUCAUUUGCCCGAACUCCCGGAAGAUGUGACGCUGAGUCCCACCGCCGCGAAGGCGCUUUCCAGCUUCACCUCCCACUCCCCAGCCAAGCUGACGGGCUCUCCCCGAGUUAUUGUCCCGGACGCACAGUGCAAUCCAACCCAUAGCAGCGUCCGCAAUACCAUUCUCAGGUCCCUGGAGCCCCCACUAACAUCUUAUCCUGGCUAUCAUAGUCACCCGGAGAUGGGGACACACUACGCUUCUGAGAUCCAGAGAUUCAUGAAGACUGCCGUCAAACGCCCCAGGAGUGGCGACGAGGCUUCCUUCGAUGUGCCGAUCUUGGAACUCCCGGGGUCUGAACGAAGUUACAUCAUCAGGAGGGAGCUGGGGGCCGGUGCUUAUGCCCCUGUUUAUCUUGCUGAGAGCAUCGACAGCUUGUCCUCUGACUCGGAAGCUGAUGAUAAUCAUCCCGCUUGCCGCAAGGGGAAGUCCAACAUGCCUCGGUAUGGAUUCGAAGCGAUCAAGUUGGAAGUCGGGCCGCCGAGUGCUUGGGAGUUCUACAUGAUACGGACGGCCCACGAACGGCUGAUACGCAGCCCUGGUUUAGCUCGCAGUGCGGAGAGUAUCAUUAACCUGCAUGAACUGCACGUGUACAAGGGCGAAAGCAUCCUGGUGGAGGAUUACCGAGGGCAGGGGACGCUGUUGGAUCUGGUGAACAUAGUCCGCAACGAGCCCAUCACACCCAACGGCAACGGCGAAGGCCUCGACGAGGCUCUGGCUAUGUUUUUCGCCGUGGAGCUUUUCCGAACCGUUGAAUCUCUUCACGCGUGCAAUAUUCUGCAUGGCGAUAUCAAAGCGGAUAACUGUCUCGUUCGGUUCGACGACAAGCCCGCAGCGCCGCCUUCUCUUCUCGAUCUGGACGGGGAUUUCCCCGACCCGCGGGAAAUCCACUACUCUCCCCGCGGAUCCCACGGCUGGGACAACAAAGGUCUCUCGCUGAUCGACUUUGGACGCGCCAUCGACAUGCAAGCCUUCAAUCCCUCCGUCCAAUUCGUCGCAGACUGGGAAGCCAAGGGCCACGAAUGCACCGAGAUCCGGGAGAACCGCCCCUGGACCCACCAAAUCGACCUCUACGGCCUGGCGGGUACCAUCCACGUCAUGCUCUUCGGGAAAUACAUCGAGUCGGCCCCGAUGCGCCGCAGCGAGGGCGCUCCCGCCCAGUCUAGCGGCGCCACCCGAACCUACCAGAUCCGCGAGUCGCUCAAGCGAUACUGGGAACGGGACAUUUGGCGCGACGUGUUCGACCUCCUUUUGAACCCUUCCGCCGAUCGCUGGGUCCAAAUGGAACGACAGGGCACCCCGCAGGAUGAGAAUGAAAUCAGCGUUCCUGGAUCGCCUGUCCUCCCUGUCCUACGGUCGAUGCGGUUCGUGCGCGAACGCAUGGAGGCGUGGCUUUUGGCCAACGCGGAGAAAAAGGGCCUUGGUCUGCAGAUCCGUAGAUUGGAGGCUAUUUACGCGGAGAGAAAGAAGCGAUUGGAGCGGACAUGAUUGUCUACUUCAGACUUCUUUCUAAUCCUCCCAUUUCUAUAAUUUUCUUCUCUCUCCGCUUCCCUCUUGAUUUUGUUGCUUUGGUGGACAAGCUAUUCUUGUUUUACGAUAGACGCGAUGCUUCACGACAACUUUUUAUCUUCCUUUUGCGUUUCCUAUACCCCCCCAACUUCCCUUCUGGAUCUCACUCGUUUUCUUCUUGCAGCGUUGGCGUUUGAGGUGGAGAGG